AUGGCGACGCAGAAGUUUCACACAUUCUCCACCAGAGCUUCAACCCUCAGCCCGCCUAUUGGACAAGGGACCACCGCGCUUGCGCGGGAGCGCCUUCAAGAUGCCCCCAGCGGACAUGUUAUCGCCCCUACCUGUGUGGUCUGGAAGUAUCCAGAGGAGAAGGAGAAACUGCUGCAGUUGAUUGAGAAGGUCGAUCAGACUCUUGGCACUUUACCAAAUGUGAGGCAAAUAGUCACUCGGGCACGGACUGCCAUUCAUCAGAACACAUUGAGGGAGGAAACAAAAAUUGUGUAUGCAGAGCGCCUCCACAAAAUUCUUGAACAGGUGAACCCCCAGAAUAUUAAUGCAGAGGAGCACCAGUCAAGUUUGAAUGAAAGAUUGGAGGAAAUGAGCCAUGUUUUCCCGUUCGAGCCAGAGACAAGAAUGAUGGCUAAUGUGUCUUCUUUCUUGAAAAAUCAAGUCAUGCAAGGGGUUACCAAUACCACCCAUGGAACACCUUGCAUCAUCAAUGAGACUGGCAAUAUCCCUAACAGGACUUCCAGCAUCAUCCAUGGAACUGGGAGCAUAUCUCCCAGGACUACCUCUGCCACCACCCUUGGGACCACCAACACCAAAAGAUCUCUCUCUUCACUAUUACGGGCUCGUUGUCAUGCCCUGCCACCCUCAUUUGAACAGUUUUUACUUGCUAGAACUAAUGUAAAUGACAUCAGGUUGUGUAAGAGUAGGGUUAGGGAAUACAUCUUGAAUCAGGUCCUUCCCCAAAAGACUACCCCUUCUGACACAUUUGAGGAAGCGAGAAAUGCAUUGCGGAAGAUCAAUCACGCCGAGCCUGCGCCAAUUGUGACCUCGGAGCCUUCCCGCUCCCCAGCUCUUCAGCUUUCUUCUCCGCUUUCAUGCACAGCUUCACCAAAUUCCCAUUUGUUAUCACCUAUAUUUUCUCCGAGUGCAGAAGAUUCCCCUCAACCACAGUCCAGAGACCCUCGUCUGAAUAGACAAAAUUCAUCAUCAGAUGUGACAGCAGUGAACAUUCCUCAGUCGAGGGAUCCUCGAACAUUGUCAGUGCAAACCCCUACCCCUGUCUGCCCUCGACCUCAACUCCCAUCACAAGCUCCACAAUUUGGAACAUCACAAGUGAAAUACCCCUCUCCUGUGCAGCAGCCACAGAGCCAUCCAGUGCAGAUGCGAAGCUUGACUACAGUGAAUCAUUCAGGGAAAGACAUUGAUAUGAGAAGAGAAGUUAUAAGGCCACCUCUGCCCAAGAAGCCAGUACUACCUGAAGGGAGAAAAGUUCUUCAGCCACAGUUACAGGCUCUUAAUUCUCAGCCAAAGACUAACCACACUGAACCAGCCAAAUCCAGAAUUGAUGAUCUCAAGUCCAAGUUUACAGAAGAUAUCAAGGCAAUUCACCGAGUGGGCUUUUCCUCCCUUGAGGCAAAGAAAAAGGGUAUUCCAAAACCUGAAGUGCUGGAUGUACCAAAAGAACUUGAUAGUGCCUCUGAGCCACAUUUAGAUAUCUCACAUGAUAGCAAAACAAAUAAGCCUUGUACAAGUUCUGGUUCAGAGAGUGAGGGUCCUGAUGAAGCUACUCGGAAAAAAGCCGAGGAGAUGAUAGAAAAGUUCAAAGCUAGAGAACAGGAAAAACGCCUCAAGCUUGCUAAAGCACUUCAAGAAAGAUCAUCUAAGCAGACAAGUGCAAUGAAUUCUUCCUCUGAGAGGCCAGCACCAACAUACCACAUGGUGCAAGAUGUGAGCUGCUUGAGGGACUUCAAGAUCCCCAAAGCCAAGAGGGACAGUGCAGAUCAGAUUUCAGUGAAGCAGAAAUUAGAGGCUUCUUGGCAGGCAGGAGACUCGGGUGUAUCUGCACAUGCAGCACAAGAACCUUGUGUCAAUGAAAAAGAAAGACUGAGAAAAGCUAGGGAAACAAGAAAGAACAAGCUGCGGAUAGUGUCAGAUGAAGAUGAUAUUGGUGGAAUGUCUGGUGAUGUUGAGGAUGAAUAUAACCAACAGGAUGGAUCUGAUGCCAGCAUCAUCAAGACAUCAGAGUUACAUGUUGGUUUGAGUAAGACAGGAAAUGACAACAAGUCAGCAGCACCUCAGAUUUCACCUUCAAAAGGAUCUACCUCAGAAACAGAAAAAGGACUGAAUCCUGACAUUGAGAUCAUCCCCAUGAAGUGUGACCCACCAGUGCAAGAGAACACUGAAAGAAUCCCCUCAGAAACCCCACCAAAACCAGUGUGUGUGCCAGCCAUUCAGAUCUCUGAUAUUGAUUCGUCAUCAGACAAUCUAAGGAAGAAGAAAAGAAAGUAUCGGCACAGGCGAAAGAAGACUCCUUCUACUUCCACUCCACAGUGCCAGAAUGCUGUAACCUGUGCAUUGUCUUCUGAAAAAGAUGACAAGGUGAGCCAGAAUGAGAGGGUCUCCUCCCAGAAAACUCAGUUAGAAGAGAUAUCUUCACAGGAGACCCUGCUAGAUGGAAUCCCCCCACAGAAGACACUGUUGGAUGGAGUGACAGUGAAACUUGAAGCACUUAUCUCAGAGAACAAAGAACAUUUCAAGGAAAAGGGUGAACAACAUAACCCAAGAUCUGUCCUGCAUUUUGAGAAUCAGCGCAUCACCAGAUCAUCCUCAAAGUUGAGGAGAUCUAUUGGCGCUGAUCCAGAAAAGGAGAGGCAGGAAGCUGAAGGCAGCACCUUGAAGGCUGUGAAACAAGAAACUCCUUUGAGUACUUUAGAGAAAGACUCAAUUGUGUCGAGCUCAGAACAAGGAUGGAGAGUGGAAAGUAAUAAAAGUCCUGCAUCUGCCAUUGCUGCUUCUAGCAGACAUUCUCUGGAAGGGAUCAAUAUAUGGAAACCUACUGUUCUCUUGGAGAAGCUUGAAUCAGACCUUUCAAGCAGAGGAAGUUCCUUCUCUACUCAGACUUCUGUGGAUGACUCUGAUGAAAUCGAUGAUGAUGCCAUUGCUCGUGCCAUAACCGAAUCAGAAGGACUUGGAUUCUCUCGUGAAAACUCUGUGUCAAGUGAGUCCAUGUUGAAUGAAGGAACAAGAUCAAACACAAGGAAGCGAAGGAAAGGCAAAUCAGCAUGGAGCAGGGGAAUAGCGAUUCGGAGACAGAAAAUCAAGCCCAAGCUCACUCCUGAUGACAAUACCCUCUCAGAAGUAAAGAUUGAAAUCCCCUGCAAACACUGUGACUUUGUUGGGAAUAAGCUGGUGGACCAUCACUUUUCUCAGCAUCCAGAAAUUGAGUUGCCACAAUAUCUCAGCACAGAUGUUUUCAGUGAGGCAGAGCUUGAGCAGACUGUUUGUCCUGAGGAGGUGGAUAUGUACAGAGAACGCCUUCAAGACCUAUCAUGGAUUCCAAAUGGUAACACCUUUUCAGAGGCUGUGAAGUGCCGUGUGUGCAGUGAGGAUUUUAAAACAUUUGAGGCAACUGCUUUGCUGGAGCACCUUGACACCCACCGUCAGUACCUGGAGCCUAUCCCCACGUGUCGGAUUUGCAGUGUGACAUUCCAGGAUGUGGAAGACCUGCUCAUCCAUGUGUGUGAUUCACACACGCUAGAAAGACGUAUUAGAUGUGGUUCUUGUUCCUCUCUUCACUUCAGUAUUGAAGACGUUCGACAUCACCAGAACUCGGUUCAUCCAAAUGUUCCAAAUGGCUUUGAAAUCGUUGAGUGGUUCUUGGCCAUAUCGAGGACAUGGCCCUUGUUAUAUGUUUGCCAGCAGUGUCAGUUUUAUCAAUUAAACUUAGCUGGAGUCAAGGAGCACAUUCAAGUUGCACAUCGUCAUACAGCGUAUCAACAGAAUGAAAUCGUCUGGUUAAACCUCCUGAAGCCUGUUUCAAAAGUGGAAUCAGAUCUGUUGCCUUCGAUUCUUGAUGGAAAUGUGAUUAAAACAGAAUCGACACCAAGUACAAAAAUAUCCCCUCAUACCUGUGAUAGCUCCAACAAGGUUUUAGUUCCUUCAAAAGAGGACACCCUGCCCCAACUGGCCAAAGAAGUCUUCAUUGGAUAUGUGUUAAGAGAAGAUGAGGAAGGAAGAAUCAAGCAUCAGAAGGAGGAAAUGGAUCAGGUCAUGGCUUCCUUCAAACCAAAGAAGUUAAAUGCUGGGAAGCAUUACUGGGAAGAGGUUGAAUUGCUUCUCAAAAAACAAAGGGAUCCUCCUAUUGUCAAGCCUGUGCAUGUCCCUGACGACUGGAAAUCCAGACUCGAAGAGAUUAAGUUGACUCUGGAGAAGGCAUAUGCUGAUGAACUGCCUCCUGCUCUGGUACCUGAGAAGCUCAAUGCAGAUGAUGCCAUUGAAACAGACAAAGACUCAGACAGUGAAAACAGCAUCCCUGAUGUAUUUUCGGAAUCUGAACAUUCCGAUCACGAAGUCCCUUCCAAGACGUAUGAGGGUGAAAACCCAUUCUUACAAAAACUGGCUGACAAAAUCAAGGCAUCGAAGGAAUUCAACUUCUCCAAAAUCAUACACUCCUUGAGGGUGGCCAUGGUGAAGGAAGAACAGGAGACGUGCCUUACUGUGGGGAAAGUGAAGGUGCGAGAAGAUCUCAUCCUCAAUGGUCUCAAGUUUGAAGUUGUCCCCAAAGUAGAGAAUGAAGGUCACGACUAUGGGCUCAUGGAUAAGUCAUCAAUGGGCGCCCAGGUGAUAUGGACCAUACCAGAUCUGAUGCCAGUUCAAGAUCCGAUGUCGUCAGGCGUGCGUCCAGACGUGCGUCCAGAUGUGCGUCCAGAUGUGCCAGCUGAUGACACGGUCCUGGUGCGGAUCAAGCACCCGCUCUACCGGAAAGACCUGAGCGUGUACAACGAGAUGCUCAGCCGUGAGAAGCUGCUGGACUUCUUCAAGUGCUCCGCCUCGUGCUGCGCCUUCACGACGAACAGGGCGUCGGCGUUCCUGCGGCACCUGUCGCGGGAGCACGGCAACGACCCCUGGCCGGUCAACUGCAGCUACUGCCAGUACUCGAACACGGGGCUGAAGACGCUCGUGGAUCACAUGGUGGAUCACCAUGGGUUCUGGCUCGUGCAAUGCGGCUACUGCUUCUUUCGGUCCCUCAGCAAGGAUGCGGUCAACAAGCACCUGGUGGCUUCGCACGCGGAUGACCCGCCCACGUUCAUGGAAGCGGUGCCCUGCGAGGUGGAGGAGGAGGAGGAGGAGGAGAGCCCGUGUGUGGGCGUGAAGCACGUGAAUCCGAGCAAACUGCUGGCGGAUUUCGUGGCGAAAGCGAUUCCGGCGUGCGGCGCCCAGGCGUGGCUGACGGACCUGUUCAAGUGCACGGCGGAGACGGCGUGCGCGUUCUCGACCGGGAGCGCGCGGGAGUUCCAGCUGCACCUGGAGGCGGUGCACCGGCUGGGCCAGGGGGCGAUGGCGUCGUGUGCGUACUGCGGGAGCGUGUGCAAGGUGCAGGGGCUGGCGGGGCACGUGGAGGGGGAGCACGGGGCGUGUCGGUUCCAGUGUCCGUACUGUCCGUACCGGGCGGUGAACGUGGCGUACGUGACGCUGCACUGGAAAAAUUACCACAAGAAGGAGCCGGCGAAUCAUUACGAGCUGCCGGCGCUUUCGAGUGGCGGUCUGGGUGGGGCGGCGUCCUGCACGGAAGUACCGAGGAACGUGAAGAAGUACCACUGCCCGAUAUCGGGUUGCGGGUUCGAGUCGGACGUGGGCGGGAAGAUGUCGAGCCACGUCAUCACGCACCAUCCCAGCGUUAUGCUUUUCUUGUGUUCUUGGUGCAGUCAGGAAUUCAAGGACUUGCCCAGCUUUCUGGCGCACCAGGGCGUCGUUCAUGGGGCCGGCCGGGUGACCUGCUGCUUCUGCGAGGAGAGGAUGCAACCGAAGCAGCUCAUCUCCCACGUUGUGGACUCGCACCCGAACAAGGACAUGAAAGUGAUGCUGUUUGAUAUGAAAUCCCUUCCCCUGCAAGUACAAGUUAAACCCCAUCCCUUGCAAGUACAAGUGAAAUCCCAUCCUCCGCAACUACGGAGUCUUUCGUCUUCUUCCGAGUUUUCAAGUUCUUCAGAGGCAGAUGCCCCCCCAUUGAAGCUUCCGCAUCUCACAAAGGAAUCUCAUCACCCACGCAUUGAGAUCACCUCAGUGACCAGUGUGAGCUCGAAUCCCCCGCCGACUCCGCCGCCGAGCACUCCGGAGAGCACUUGCGGUUCGGAGAAGUCGGACAAAGCGAAGGAGUUGAGCGGGAAGGACCUGUACCUGUGCCCCGUCUUCAAUUGCCGCUUCCCAUGCGACACUUUUCGCGACCUCGGGGAACAUAUGGAGAUCUGUGAUAACCGCCGCUACCAACGGCCACACACGUGCCCGCACUGUGGGAAAGGAUUCCAGGUGCGACGACUCAAGGCAGCUCUCGAACACAUACGGGUGCAUGGGAUGCGGCGAUACCAUUGCUCUCUCUGCGAUCGCAAGGUCAUCCUCAAAACCUCCAUCCGUGCCCACAUGGCGACAGAUCACAAGGUGUCCAGGUGUGAAGUGAUCACAAAGAAUCCCCUGGAAGUGGACGAGGAGAAGCUCACGUACAUCUGUCGUCCAAAGGCACGACGCCCUCCGCCUGCUCGAACUUCCUCCGUUCCUGUCCCAGUUUUGGAAGAAAAAUUUUCCUUUGGAGUGGAUGAGAUCAACAAGAUACCUCAAAUGUCCAUUAUGAAGAAAGAAUUAUCUUGUGCAGUGUGCAACUUUGCGACCAGGGUACGCAAGGAUCUGGUGUGUCACCUCAUGAAGCACCAGGUAGGAUUGGAUACACCCACCGAAGCCCCUGUGAAUCCCUACCCCCUCCGCACCGAACUCAUGUUCGACCAGAUGGACAACUGGGCCGAAAGUUCUCAUUCGGCAAAAGCUGGGACAUCGGGUGAAGCCUCGUCCGGACAGAAGAGCGAAUACCCGGCCACCGUGAAGGACAGCGAGCGAUUUGUCUGCCCUAUCAAUGGCUGCAGUUACAUCAACCCGAGUGAGACCAUGUACGAGAGCCACAUGAACACGCUACAUGCGACCGAGGUCAGCUUUGCCUGCCCGCAUUGCAAGCUCAUCGUGUCAUCGGUGAAGAAGCUUUGUGACCACCUGAGGCUUCAUGGUCCCUCCCUGUACAAGUGUGGACAUUGCCCAUACCUCCACUUCAAAAAGAAGGUUGUGGUGCGCCAUUUGUUUGAGCACCACAAGGAUCCCAAUGAAAUUGUGGUUGUCCUUCGUGAGCACAAAAUAGCCAGGCGUAAGGGAUCCACCAGUGGUGCUGAAAAGUCAGCGGACGAAAACCCUCUGCCACUGUGGAGACGCGACGACCCUUGUCGCGUGAAGCACGUGAGAGGGAUUCUCCUUGCCGAAGACUUUGGUUCUUCGCAUUCCAGUUCAUCUCUGACCGCAAAUCCCCCUGCCAUUCAGUAUUCAUGUCCAAAGUGCAAUUUCAAGACACCAAAGUUGUUUAUGUUUCGGGAUCACUUGCGACGAGAGGUCAACUACCUCCGGUUUGCGUGCAGUCUGUGCGAGUUCAAGUCCCUCAGUAAGGUGGAGAUGAAGAACCACUUCAGGUUCUACCACGAGGGAGGAGAACCCGACAUACGGAUUCUCCCAGAAUUGAAAGAACUUCAGGAAUGGAUCCAGUCAGUGAUUUCAAAUCAUGCAUCUCAAGUGAGUGAGACAGCAACUCCUCUGCAGGCAGACGUCAAAGCAGAGACCCCACCGUCGGGACUGAGCAAGAGACCGGCCGAGGAGACCUUGCAGACUCCAUCUCAUGCCAGGAAAAAGAGCAGAAGAGGGUCCAAAGAACUUCCAGCAAGUACACCUACUGGUCCCAACAACUCUUCCUUGUUGCAACAACGAGCCCUCUGUUUCAAGUGUGGAGUGUGCGAGGCCAUGGCUGUGACCCGAGAGGAUAUCAUAAAUCAUGCUAAGUCUGCCCACGGUAGAAUGAAACCAGCGAAGAAGUUCUGUUCUUCGCCCGAAGCACGGACAGCAUACUUCCAGUGCAUGACAUGCAAAGUGGUGGGGAAAAUUGCAUCCAUGAAGGAACACCAGCGCACCUCCCAUGCAGGUGGCGACCGAACGUUCUCCAUGAUCUCGGAUCUCCCAGAAACCGUAGAGCUCCUCCAAUAUAGCUGCGAGCUGUGUGGACAGAAGUUCCAGUUCAAAAACAAGGCAACCUUUCACAUGGCCCAAGACCACCAAAAACCAGACCUUAAUACCUCUCUCCUGGUGGCAGUGACAGUCGAGUCCAAGAGGCUGAAACGAACAACUUCGACGAUUCUGAAGCGGAAAACCGAACAACAGCAGAAACCGUUGAUGGAGUGUCCAUACUGCAAUGAAAUGGUGAAGUCGACUGUGGUCCACCAGCACAUGCGCAGGCAUAUCCUCCCAUUCAAAUGUGGGUAUUGUGACCAGAGUUUCUCCAUGCGCUAUUCUGUGACGCUUCACUCGAAUGCCAAGCACCCUGGCCUGGAAGUAUCCAUCUCGAAAGACGAGAACGUGAAGGCCGAAGCCCUGCAGCGAUUCUAUGCCCAUCAAGGAAUAGUGGAAAACAGGCCUCUGGGCAUGGCUCGUAAGUCCACCCUAAGGAGACGGUCGAAGGCAGCUUCCCCUCCAGAAGGUUUCUCCUAUUACAAGAAGCCCCCAGAGCCCGUCGACCUCACUCGAGUCAACGUCAGCGUUCGUGCUGCCUAUGGCAUCAAUGUGGUCAUAUCUGCAGACAAAUUUUGUGGCUCCUGCACCAUCCAGCUGGAGCCUUUCACCCAAUAGAUGUCCUUUUUCAAAUCAUGGAAUGGUUGAAUCCUCUGUUGGGUUGUAGGUUUCAUUUGAGCACUGCAAUCUCUUGUCCAAAAGAUCCCUAGUCCAGACUGUGUUCCUCUUUUUUUUUCUGUUUUCUGCAAUUAAAAAAAUUAAGACUAUCCAAUCAGGUC